ACAGCAACAAAAGAGACAGUGGACCAGGACCGGGGCCAGGACCAGCCUUAAAUCCCGCCCGAAAAGAAGGGCAAUAAAAGCGCCAAAUAAACAUGUAAAAGCACAUUAAGAGUCGGUGUGGGACAUUCGCUCGAUUUAAGCAACUUUAACUGCGCGGAAAGCAACUCGAACUGAUCUAAGUCGACGGUUGACGGUCGACGGUUGACGGUCGACAGGCCACAAACAGACAUGCAUACGUAAAUGGCAGUUGAAAUGUUCUUUUUAUGGGCCAACUCCGAGCCAAAGAGUACAUUGGCGCUUCAUUAAAGCCAACGGCGGAAGCGGAAAUAGCAUUCGAGCAGAACAGCCAUAACAACAGCAGGACCUGUGUUUAUUGGCGCCACGUCAUCGCAGCAUACACAGAAACAAACACACAAACACAGAAGCAAACGCAAAAAACCAACACAACGAGCGGUCGGUCUGCACAUGUACAACAACAAUUGCAGUCAAUUUCGGUGUUGCUGGUGCGGGUGCUGCGGCAAUACUCUUUUUUGCUCUUUUGUUUCUUUGACACUUCGGUCAAAUUGAAGUUUUUUAUAUAAAUGACGAGACGUUCUCGCGUUUGGCACAACGCACCGCAAGCUAAACGAAAUGACAGCCAUGCAGUUUUUAUUAACAACAACAGUGACAGGAGCAGCGACAACUGCAAGAACAACCAGAACACCAGAAACCAGAUCAACACCCACAUCAAUGGAAACUACUUCAACAUAUUGGCAACCGAAGGAACAACCGCACAAUUCGCAUCGAAAAACACGAACGAGAUGCACGUCCGUGUCGAGGUCGUCGCUGUGGAUGCGAAUGCGAAUGCGGAUGCGGACUCGAAUGUCGAUGGCGGACAAUGGGAGAACGAUUUGGGUUGUCGGCUGGAUGUUGACACUCUUGAUUUGCCUGCAGCUGAACACGGCACUGGCGGACGAGGAGUCUCAGGAUUUUCAAAAGAACAUACCCGCCCGAUUGGUCUGGGCCGCCCUGGGCAAGACGGUGGAGCUGCCCUGCGACCUGACGCCACCCACGCCCCAGGACUCGGUGAAGCUGCUGCUUUGGUUCAAGGACACCACCGGCAUACCUUUGUACAGCCUGGACUCGCGUGGCGGAAAUGUGAAAUUGGCCCCACAUGCGGCCAUAGCUAGCGAUCUGGGGCAGCGUCUGUUCUUCAGCAUCGGCGAUAAUCCCAAGGAUUCCCGUCUGCAGAUAAACGAUGUUAAGCCCGAGGAUGGCGGCGUCUACCGGUGUCGCAUUGAUUUCUUCAACUCGCCGACGCGCAACUUCAGGCACAACCUGACACUAGUUGUUCCGCCCGAGGAGCCGCGCAUCUUCGAUGCCCAGGGCAAGGAGAUAUCACAGCUGGCGGGGCCGUUCCGCGAGGGCUACGAGCUUUUUCUCUGCUGCCAAGUGAGAGGAGGUCGUCCUCCGCCCAAGGUCACCUGGUGGCGCGACGACACAGAGCUAAUCGGCACCAGCCACACCUCCGUGGAGGAGGGAGCCACCGUGAUGGUUAAUCAGCUGCUGAUUGGCACCACCACCCGCGACUUCUACGGGGCGCGCAUCGAGUGUCGUGCUCAAGGCACCCGACUGGUGGAUCCGGUCCGGAAGGAUGUCACCGUGCAGGUUCACUUGAAACCCGUUCGCGUGAAGAUUGUCACACCCAAUGAUCUACUGACCGCCGGCCAUCCUGUGCCCAUUCGCUGCGAGUCCUGGGGCUCGUAUCCGGCGGCCAAGAUUGCCUGGCUGCUGGACGGCGAGCCCAUACGAAAUGCCGAGGUUACUGUGCAUAGCGACAAAGAGGAUGGCAACAUCACGACCAGCAUCCUGACACUGAAGGUGACAUCGGAGAACGACAACGCCGAGCUGACUUGUCGCGCCACGAAUCCUUGGUUCUCCGGCGGCGCCAUCGAGGACAAGCGUAUCAUACGUGUGGCAUAUCCACCCACCGUGUCGGUGCACUUGGCCAACGAGGAUCCCAGUCGUGUGGUAACGCGCGCCGAGGGCCAGAAUGUCACGUUCAAAUGCCGUGCGGAUGCCAGGCCUCCGGUUACCAGCUACUCCUGGUUCAAGAAUGGCAUGCGUAUGUCGGGCGAGAGCACGGACAUAAUGCACUUGACGCAGCUGGAGCGGGAGAGUGCGGGUGCUUAUGCGUGUGGGGCCACCAACACGGAGGGCGAGACACGCAGCUCGAGUUUGACGCUGAGAUUGCAGUUCUCCCCGCGCUGUAAGCCAGGCACUGAGCAAACAUCCAUUGGAGCCAUCAACAUGCACUCGAUACAGGUCAAAUGCGAGGUGGAUGCCGAUCCCCCGGAUUCGGUUCGAUUCAGCUGGACCUACAACAACACCCGCAACGUGUCCCCGGUGCUCAACUCGAGGAUACAAUCGAAUGGACUGGCCAGCACGGUGACGUAUCUGCCGCAAACCGACUCCGAGUUAAUAACGCUUGCCUGCUGGGCCAGCAAUGCGGUGGGCCGCCAGACGACGCCCUGUCUGGUGCACAUUCUCCCUGCAAAUACGCCGGAGGCACCGAAGGCCUGCGAAUUGCGCAACGACACCAUUCUGGAGGUUGUCUGUGUGGCUGGCAGCGAUGGCGGCCUCUCGCAAUACUUCAUGCUCGAAGUUGUGGGCGGAGAUCUGCUGUACUCCAGCGACUCGUCGACGGGCCUGGGCCUGGGCCAGGGCCAGGGCCGGGGACAGUUUGGCGAGGCCGUUGGCCUGGGCGACAAUGAGAUAUCCACGCUGAACGAUCAGGCGACAUCUGCACCCAUCAUGCGCAUGCAGGAGAACAGUCCACAGUUUCGUUUGAAUAAUUUAGAGCCGGGACGUGAAUAUCAAUUUUUAGUUUACGCCGUCAACGCCAAAGGACGAAGCGAACCGCCGGUGGUGAUUGAGCGCGUACGCGUGGCCGCACAACUGGGACCAUAUGAUGAAUCGCUGCCCGACGACCCCACGCCCGCAGAAACCACGCAUCAUGGAGGCACCGGCCCGGGGGGCAGCAGCAGUGCCGCCGGAGUGGGCACUGGCGCCAGCAUAGGCAACGGGCCGGAGAAGCAGUCCACGCUCCUGAUACUCGCCGCCACCGUUGUGAUAGGCGCCGUCAUUGUGACGUCAAUUAUCGUGGCCGGCAUCGUCGUCGUCUGCCGGCACAGGCCGCGGCCACCUGAGCCCCAGGAGGUGCGCAAAAGCAUGCGGCCUGCUCGGAACGAUGUGCCCAGCAUGUACAUCGAGGAGGACGAGCUGAAUGAGCUGGAGGAAGGCGGCGGUCGAGCGGCUGAGAUCCGAGCGCGCGUAACGCCCGUUACCUCGCACCUCUGCGGCGGCGGCGGCGGUGGUGGCGGGGGCGGGCUGAUGCCAGGAGUCGGCUCGAGUGGCGGUGCCAUUGUGGGCGUGGCUGGGCCACAUCACUACAUCUCGGAGAGCUUCAUCCAGUACGCGCAGCCCAGUCUAAACGGCGAUGUGCUCCUACCUUUGCUUGUAACGUCCAGCCAGCCGGGCAAUAGCGGCUACCGCCUGGCCUCGCCCGGCGUCUCCACCACCAUCUCGAACGUGGUCGUGGCCGUGCCCCAGACCCAGGCCCAGCCUCAGCCAAUUGCCACAGCUGCUGCUGCCUGGCCGCCCAAAUACCCGGAUCUGAUAUUGCCGCGCGGCGAAUUGGAAUUUACGACCCUGGAUCCCACGCUGAAGUAAUUGUAAAAAGUAAUAAUAAAUAUCCGCCAUAGUGAACAACAGCCACAAUAGACACACACACACACACACCCACACACAGAGAUACUCUUACAGAUCCGCGGUAAGGCCUCAUAAUUCACGGGCAUUUCAUUUAACAUAGCUGUAAAUUUUUAGCAUUAAAUUUAAAUGCAUUAUCGCAAAAAGGUAAAACGUACUACGUACUGGUAUCUGCAAGACGUGCUCGAGGGCAUAGGCUAUAGGUCUAGGGAUAAGCCACCGUUUUGUAAUUGUCAGCCAUUUAAGUGUCAUACGAAACCCAGAAUCAAAACCGAAACCGAAAUCGAAAUACUGCUGCUCUAUAAAUAGGCUAUAAAUUUGUAACAAAAAUCAAAAGAUUCAACUUGUAAAUAGUAUAGACAACACGACAACCAUAGAUACCACCCAUGCAUCUAGAGGGAUUCAGAAACGGAAACUGUUGCACCAUCAAUUGUAUAUAGAGAACGGGCAAACAUUAAUCAAACUGCAUUUAAAUGUUGAAUAUUAACUGUAAUUAAUGAACAACUAGUCGAUAAGCAAUUAGCCAAAUAAGCCUUGUGUAUUUAAAGUGUAAUUAGGACUCCUAGAGCUGGAAAUAUUGGUAAUAAUCAAUGUAAAUGCCAGGGCCACCUCUCUGCCUCGGGGCAAUACUCAAACGAUGGACAGUGCUCGUGUGUACGAGCUUGCUAAUCCAGCAGCCGUUUAAACAGUCUAUGUAUGUCUGAAUAGCGAUAGAAAAAUCCAUUAGUCGUUAAUGCCACAUCUUGUUACUGGCCAGCAAAUUAAAAUGUUACCAAUGUGUAUUUCUGGGCCCCAGGUCCAAGCCAUUCCGACUUACUCCGACAUUUUUCCGCUCAUCUCUGGCUCAUCUCUGUACGAGUGUCUGUGGGCCAGUUCCAGAUGCUAUUUAUACCAAUUCAUGAAUAUUCUAUUACCACCAUAACAGGCUGAAUCGAAACGGAGAUGAAUAAUCAAGACAGCACCAGAGAAAACACAUAGAAAAACCCUAAGUGGGGGCGAUGUUCAAAAGGAUAAUGAAUAAAUGCCGAAUACAUGUCGAAUGGCAGCAUCAAAAGAGCCAGUUACGAGAGCAUCGAACCGCAAAAAGAACUACAACAACAGCCUGCAACUAUAAAACUGAAUUCAUUGUAAAUGUUAUAAAUAACUAAGGUAACCGAGCAGAGCAGAGCACAGCGGAGGAGAGGAGAGGAUAGCAGAGCGUAGAUAAUACUCGUUAUAAAACUAAUAAUAAUAAUUGUAAUAAUGGUACGGCAUACAGUUUACACAAUACUCCAAUGUAAUUCGAAUUCUUAUUUCAAAUAUACAACAAGAAUAAAAGCGAAAUGGCAGACUAGAAAAAAUAUACAGU